AUGCCGCGCCCUCUUGCUCAUAGUUCCAAGUUGCGUGCAAGGAGUAGGCAGUGUCUGCGCGGACACGGCUUGUUCUCUCAAAAGCGCAGAUUUACUCACGUCUUUUUAGGGAACAGUGUUGUGAUAUUGGCUUUCAUUGUGGACAGGAGACUCCGAACUCGCAGUAACUUCUUUCUCCUAAAUCUUUCCAUUUGUGAUUUUUUAGUAGGAGCCGCCUCCAUCUCCAUGUAUAUACCGUACAAGUUCACCGGGAAAUGGAUACUUGGAAAGUUUCUCUGCAAACUGUGGAUAACAAUUGACUUCACAAUAACAACUGCUUCUGCCUACAGUGUCGUUCUUAUCAGUUAUGACAGAUUUCUCUCUGUCAAUGAAGCAGUUGUACAUCGCUCUCUACAAAAUAGACACAGAAGGACAGCAUUUAAUAUGAGCCUAGUUUGGAUACUUGCAUUUCUUGUCUAUGGACCAGCAGUUCUUCUGUGGGACAUUAUUACUGGCACCAGCCACCUUCAAGGGGACAAAUGUUAUGCUGCAUUUCUUGAAAUAUGGUUUUUUACUCUUGGUGCAUCUACUUUGGAUUUCAUGCUCCCACUUCUCAGUAUUUCAUUUUUUAAUUUAAGAAUCUACCUAGAAAUUAUAAAACGCAGUUCUAAGAGACUAAAUAGUUCCAUACCUAGUUCUUUGCCAUUUAGCAUAACAGACAAUACUGUUUUUUCAUCACCACAGACAAAUGAGAAAGGGCAAAGUAUAUCCAUCCCAUGUGCAGAAAUUAGGAUCACUUCAACCUCUCCCCAGAACUCUGAAGGAUGUAACGUGCACAUUAGUAGUGAUAAACUUUCUCAGGAUAAGAAGGCUGCAAAAUCUCUUGCAAUUUUGGUUUCUGUUUUCUUUCUAUGCUGGACUCCUUAUUCAUUCCUUGCAAGUAUCCGUGCUGCCUGCCGAGGGUACUGUGCUGAUUAUUUCUAUAUAGAAGUUACUCUUUGGUUUAUAUAUACUAAUUCUGCAAUUAACCCAAUCCUUUACCCUGUGUGCCAUAAAAGUUUUAGACAAGCUUUCAAAUUGCUAUUAGAACGCUUUAUAAAAUUCUUCUUAAAGGAACAGUAACACCAAAACAUUAUAGUGUAUUUAAGUAAUGAAAGUAGAAUAUAAUGUACUGUUGCCCUGGUAAAACUGGUGGAUUUGCUUAAGAAACUCUGCUAGAAACUCUGCAAGAAAGAUUUAUGAAAGCAAUAGAUAUGUAAUUUUAAUUUGAUGAAAACAUCUGCAGCAUUUAUUAUGCAUUUUGCUUUGUUCAGUGCGUCUAUUAUUUAUUGUUAUGGUGUAUUGCUCUGCUGGGAUUUAAACCAGUGCUGUUGGCUGCCUUAACUACUGGGUUAGGAGAGUAGCCAGCAAGUUCUUGGUGAUUCUGAUCUUUUCAGUUCAUGAUAUAAGUUAUGACAAUUUUUGGUCCAACUUCCAUACGUUCAAUGCAGAUGCAGGCUACUACUUCUGCCAUAAAAUAAUAUAACUCAAUUCACAUUCUCUCUGUAAUUACUAACUAACUGAGGUCAGUCACAUCUGUUUUAUUUUUUCAGCAUAACUUUCCUAAAAGAAAAGUCAGAAGCCUGAGAGACAUUCAAAUAUCAAUAUUUCACAGAUUCUUUGUCAAGAAUGAUCUUUUAUUUGUAAUACAGUUUCUAAUCACUUGAUUUUUGUAUUUAAUUGUAUUGUGUUAUUGUAUUGAUCCCUCUCUGUAUUAUUAUUACAUUGCUUUAUUGCACAGCAUCGUGUAUACAAGUAGAGCUAUAUAUAAUGAACAAAUACAUACAUACAAUAGCAAUAAAAUUUACAAAUAACUUAAAACCAUUAAAAUGUUUUUAAUGAAUGUACAUUGGAAAGUUUCUUGUAAUUACAUUUUAUGUCAUUGUUACUGUGCUGCAUAUUUUCUAUACAAUAUAAUAGUUCCUCACACUGGCAUUUUGCCCCAUAAGGGAUUUUGGCAAGUUUAUCAAGGUCAU